AUGGAGGAUGGGGAGAGCGGGGCGGCCCCGGGACCGCAGCUGGAACCGGCAGAGCCCGAACCUCAUCCCGAUCCUCAUCCCGAACCUCAUCCCGAUCCCGAACCUCAUCCCGAACCUCAUCCCGAACCUGGGGCUGAUCCCGAACCCGGGGCUGAUCCCGAGCCCGGGGCUGAUCCCGAGCCCAAACCCGGGGCUGAUCCCGGGCCCGAACCCGAGUCCGGGGCGGAUUGGGAGCGGCAGCAGCGAAUCGCCGCCCGUCGGAACCGCCUCGAUGCCCGGCGCAGGGAAGCCCUUGGGGAGAAGGUGGAGCAGGAGGAGGAGGAGGAGAAGGAAGAGGAGAGGAAGAGCCUGAAGCUGAUCCAGGAGACCGGGAAGGUCCUGGCCAAGCUCCUGUUCCACGGGACGCAGCUGGUGACCAACGUCCAGGUGGAAUCCGAUCUCCGGGAAUGGCGGAGGCGGGAAAAGGAGGGCCCGGAGAAGCUGAGGAGGCUGGAAAAGCUGGAGACGGAGGCCAAGCGCGGCGCGGAAAAGUUGUCGGAGAUCAACUCCAGGUGGGGCUCGGCCGAGGAGCUGAAGGUGCCGCAGGAAUUGUGGGAAUUGCUGGAGCAGCAGCAGGAGCAGUGCCAGCAGCUCCUGGCCGAGAAGAACCGGCUGAUCCAAGAGCUCCGGCAGGAGCUGCAGGCCAGGGAUGAGCGGUACGAGCAGGCCCUGAAGGAGCAGGCGGAGGAGAUCCGGCUGCUCCUGGAGAGGAUGGAAGAGCAGACCCGGAAUAUGCUCAGGACCUACCGGCACCACCUCCGGCAGAUCGAGAAAACCUUUGAGGAGGAGCGCCGGGAAAUGCUGGCCAACAACCGGGAAAGGUGGAACGAGGCCAUCCGGGCCCACAACGAGCAGGAGCUGGAAUUCCUGCGGCAGCGGAUGGAGAAGGCGCGGGAGUUUGAGCAGCAGCUGAACGAGCUGCAGGCCGAGAGCGUGGAGAGCUACGACCGCAUGAAAUCCCAGCUGGAACAGGACGUGCAGUACCUGGAGAAGAAGCUGCGGCAGAUGAAGGGGAUGUUCCACCUGAACCAGGUGAAGCUGGAAUACAACCUGGACGUGCUCCGGCAGCUGGAUCUGGAAAAUUCCACGCUCCGAUCCCUGCAGAAGCGGAAAAUCACCCGGUUCCAGACGUGCCUCAGCCUCCUGAGGGAGAGGAUGGCCCGGCAGGAGGAGAAAUUCCAGGAGGAAAAGCGGAGCCUGGAAUGGGAGCUGCAGCGGAUCACGGGGCAGUUCCAGGAGACGCGGAGCCGGAUGAGGCAGCUGGCGCAGAGCAGCGCCGAGAGGUUCCGGCAGGUUUGGAUCGUCAACGAGGAGGAGGCCAAGGCGCUGAUCCGGGAAGCGCUGGAUGCCGCCCGGAUCAUCCACGUCCAGCAGCUGGGAAUUCCCUGGGAAGAGCCGCGCCUGGGAUUCCUGGAGAACGUGGGACCCCUGGGAGGCCGCCGGGAAAAGCGGGACGCCCUGCAGGUGGCCACGGAACUGCUGGAAGUCACGAGCCAGCCCAACAUUCCCAGGAAAACCCUCCGGAAAAUGCUGGAGCUCCUGAGCGAGGAGUCGGAAUUCCUGUUGGAAAACAAACUCCUGAGGCCCCUGCGGGAGGUGGUGGGACACAGGAACAGCGUCCAGCAGCUCCGAUCCCUCCUGGAGACCCUCCGGAUCGAGGACGAGGAUGACCUGCGCAAACUCCUGGAUUAUUUCCUGGAUUUCGAUUCCCAGAAAGCCACCAAAAGCCAGGACAUCCCGGGAGGGGAAGAUCCCACGGAUCCGGCUCAGGAGCGAGGGAAUGUCGGAUCCCAUUCCCGGAGGGAUGAGCUCCGAUCCCCCGGGAAUUCCAUUCCCGGCCUGUCCAUCCGAGCGGACGAUAUCCUGGGAAUCCUGAAGGAAUUCCUGCGGGAUUUCGCCAAGCUGAGGGACGAAGGCCCCCCCAAGGAGAUCCAGGACGUCCGGGACAAUUCCAAGGACGGGGAAUACUGGGAAUCCCUGAGCGCCGUCAUUCCCGAGCCGACGCUCAAACUUUGGGAUGCGCUGGGCGCCGCGCUCCGGGAAUACCACAAAGUGCUGACCCGGAGAUCCGAGCUCUUUUCCGAGGCCGCCGCCCUGCAGCGGCAGAACUCGGAGCUGGGAAUUCUGCUGGAGGAAUAUCUGGGAUCCGCGGAAGGCCGGUGA